GCCAUAUUCCGAAACUUGUUCUUAGCGAUGGACGUGCGUUAAAUUAAAACAAGACUUUUGUUUUUUCGCUCCAUGUUUACUAAAAUAAUAAGAAUUUGGAAAACGUGAAAUAAGUCACCCUGAUUCUACUAACAGACAUGGCCGCUGUGAGCAAUUCUACUAUGAAGACUUUGGAGGAUUUGACUCUAGACUCUGGAUAUGGAGCCGGCGACUCUUACAGGUCUCUCAGCCUGUCCUCCUCCAAAUCCAACUCUCAGGCGCUCGUCAGCUCUCCACAGCGGGGAAACUGGUGGAGCUACACGGGCUCCAUGAACAGCAGAAACAACAGCUGGGAUACGGUCAACACGGUCCUCCCAGAAGACCCAGAGGACAUCAUCUCCAAAUGCCCGAGACUACCAGAAUUAGAGGAGUUCCCCUGGACAGACGAGGAGAUCGAUGUGGUCCUGCGUAAAGUUGCUGGAGAGGGUCUGUGUUUCGCUCCGGAGAGCGUCAGGAGUGUGUCGCUGCUAAUGCGCAGAGCUUUACUGCGGAUCUCCAGAGAGGCGCAGCGGUUGAGUGUGGUGCAUUGCAGGUGCACGCGGUUCGAGGUGCAGAGCGCGAUGAGGCUGGUCAUGAGUUGGGCUUUGGCGGAAAGCUGCGUCUCGGCCGCGGUCAGGGCCAUCUCACUUUACAGUAUGAGUGCUGGAGAGGUUCUACGCAAGAGCAAGUCUUCCCUGUGCGCGCUGAGUUUGUCUGUCGGACGCUUUUUCCGCUGGAUGGUGGACACUCGCAUCUCAGUGCGCAUUCACGAGUAUGCAGCCAUCUGUUUGACCGCUUGCAUUGAAAAUCUGGUGGAGGAAAUUGGGCUCCGUGUGCUGCUGGCAGCGCAAAGUGGGACCAACAGCUCUCCAGUGACGGCUGAAGCGCUCGAGACUGUGGUCUGCAACGACGCGGAGAUAUUUGGUCUGGUGCAAAACUACGAGCAUCUCAUCUGCGGGAAGAACGCCAAUGGAGAGCUGUCUCUGCCUGCCCAUUUUAGCCCGUAUGCUGAGAGUCCAGACGCAGCGGUGGAGUGCAGAGAGACUGCAUACGCUCAGCUGGAGCUGCGGACGCUGGAGCAGGCCCUGCUGGCCACCUGUGUGGGCAGCCUGUCAGAACUCAGUGAUUUGGUCUCCCGUGCAAUGCACCAUAUGCAGCGUUUGGUUUUAGCAAGUCCCAGUCUCAGUCCUGGACGUCCUUUCUGCCUGCAGCCCAUCUCUUGGUCUCCAGAUGCCCUUCACACUCUCUAUUACUACCUGCGCAGUCCACAGAUGGAGUCUCUGGAGAACCCCAACCUUGAACCACCGAGGAUAGCGCUCAAUAAAGAAAGGCCGUUUCCUCUUCUUCCUCCUCUGAUGGAGUGGAUGCGGGUCGCUAUGGUUCAUGCGGAGCAUCGGCGGAGCCUGCUAGUGGACAGUGAUGAUGUCAGACAAACUGCCCGACUGCUUCUUCCCGGGCUGGACUGCGAACCUCGACAGCUCAAGCCAGAGUGCUGUUUCACCUCCUUUAAACGUCUAGAUUCAAAGUCAGCCAUGGACAAGUUUAAUCUGGAUCUUGGCUUUCGCAUGCUCAACUGUGGCCGCACUGAUCUGAUUGGCCAGGCUAUCCAGCUUCUAGGCCGGGACGGGGUGAACACAAUGGAUGAUCAGGGCAUGACUCCUCUGAUGUAUGCCUGCUCAGCAGGGGACGAGGCCCUGGUGCACAUGCUCAUUGAUGCUGGAGCAAACUUGGAUGUAGCGGUACCCAACUGCUCACCCAAACACCCGUCUGUUCACCCUGAGAGCCGCAGUUGGGUGGCCCUCACCUUUGCAGUGCUGCAUGGACACAUAUCUGUAGUGCAGCUGCUGUUAGAUGUGGGAGCAGAUGUGGAGGGCAGAGCCCUGAGAAACAGCCACCACAGCUCUGCAGAAACACCCCUCCAGCUGGCAUCAGCCGCAGGCAACUAUGAGAUGGUGAGUCUGCUGCUGUCCCGUGGCGCUGACCCCAUGCUGAGGGUACAUCUGACAUCAUCACUGUAUGAGGGCAUGAACUGCUUCAGUCAUGCGGCAGCACACGGACACAGGAACGUGCUGAGGAAGCUGCUGAGUGAACCGCAGCGACUGCAGGAGGAUGUGCUUUCUCUGGAGGAGAUCCUGGCGGAGGGAGUGGAGGAGCAGGAGAAGCUGGAAUUAAAGGAUGGAGGAAACGGGAAGUCAGUGUGUGCACCGCAGCUGUGUAAGGCCCGAAUCAGAGCCCUGCAGGAGGCCAGUCUGCACAGCGCUGAACACGGUUAUCUGGACGUCAGCAUGGAGCUCAGGGCACUGGGAGUGUCGUGGAAGCUGCACGUAUGGCUGGAGUCGGUUCGCACUGCACAGCUUCAUUCAAGAACUGAACUCACACUUUCUCUCCUCAAAGACUUCACCACUAUUGGGGAAGAAAAAUACUGUGAGGAGCUUCUGGCAGAGGGUCUUCCAUUCCUCUUCUCCAUUAUUAAAACCACCAAGAAUAAGGACCUCCGGAAGCAGCUGGCAGCCGUCUUUAGCCACUGCGUUUGCUCUACAGCUGCUCCGUCUAUUCUGGCAGUAAAAGACACUCCUACAGCUCAGCUGGAUGCUCAUUUUCUGAACAACUCUGAGAUGUCUGAUGUGAUAUUUGUUGUGGAAGGACGGCCAUUUUAUGCUCACAGAGUUCUGCUCAUGUCUGCAUCACAGAGAUUUAGAGACUUGCUGAGUCUCUACCAGAGCAAUGGCACAGCAGACCACAUGGCCAUCGAAAUCACUGACAUUAAAUACAACACAUUCCAGAUGAUGAUGGCACAUCUGUACUGUGGAGGAGCAGAAUGUUUAGAUGUUUCUGUAUCUGAUUUGCUGGAGCUUCUGCCUGUAGCUCACUCAUUCCAGCUUCCAGUUUUGAAGAGACACUGUGAAAUCCUCUGCUCAGAGAGAAUAAACCUCAACAACGCUGUGAGCAUCUAUCAGACUGCCAAAGUGAGCGAGGCAGUGGAGCUGGUGGUGUUUUGUGAAGGCUUCAUCCUGCAGAACAUGCUGGAUCUCCUGGACUGUGAGGUGUUUGAGGAGCUUCUGCUGGAUCCAGAAGCUCUGGAUGGGCUUCAGGCUACACUGGCUUCAAGAUUGCACUCAAUCUGUGGCCCACGGCGAGCUUGAACACACAAGAAAAAAAAAAAAACUUUACGGAAUACAGAUGCGGCUCUGAUUCCGCUGGAAGUCGUGGUUAAAGGGAUAGUUCAUCCAAAAAUUACAUUUUAAAGGGAUAUUUCACCCAAAAAAAUUUUAUUCUGUUAUCAUUUAGCCUCCUAUCUCUUGUUUCAAAACCUGUUUGAGCUUCUACUGUUGAACACAAAUGAAGAUAAUUCGAAGAAAGCUGGAAAUCUGUAACCAUUGACUUCUAGAAUUAGUUUAUCGUCAAAAUAUUUUCUGUUGAACACAAAUAAAGAUACUUUGGCUUUGAAAGUUUAAACAACUUGAGGGUGAGUAAAUAGUGAUUCAAUUUUUUUUUUUAGGUCGAACUACUGUACCCAUUUAAUCCCCUUUUAUUCAGCCUCAAGUUGUUCAAACUUUCAGUUUCUUCUGUUGAACUCAAAGUAAGAUAUUAUUAGAUAAUAGUAUUAACAACGGUGGGUAGCACGGUGGCACAGUGGGUAGCCCUUUCGCUUCACAGAAAAAAGGUCGCUUGUUUGAGCCUCAGCUGGGUCAGUUAGCAUUUCUGUGUGGAGUUUGCUGUUCUUCCCGUGUUCGCGUGGGUUUUCUCUGGGUGCUCCGGUUUCCCCCACAGGUCCAAAGACAUGCGGUACAGGUGAAUUGGGUAAGCUAAAUUGUCCGUAGUGCAUGCGUGUGAAUGGAAGUGUAUGGGCAUCCGCUGCGUAAAACAUAUGCUGGAAAGGUUGGCGGUUCAUUCCGCUGUGGCGACGCCAGAUUAAUAAAGGGACUAAGCCAAAAAGAAAAUGAAUAAAUGAAUAACAACGGUCGAAUUCCAUAGCAUGAAAAAAUGAAGUGAUAAUAAUAAAGUACUGUGGAAGCUAUUUGGUUUCACUAGACGUGUCGAUUUUCACUUAAACAAUAUAUCGCGAUAAUGAACAUGCAGGAUUGUUAUAAUGAGUAUUGUACAAAAUACAGCAAAUAAUUGUUUAUUAUUUAAACCUUUUAAGAAUAGUCAGAUUGUUGUACAGUACUGGCAGUGGGUUCAUCACAGCAAUAAAUGCUUGAAGACUUUAUUAACCUUAACAUUUUCAGAUCAAUCUGAUCUACGGCAUGCAUGAGAUAUCGAUUAAAAAUGCUCUGAAUAUUUAUAGGCCUAUUGUUUGUUAACACUGUAUAAUAAGGGUCCUUUUUUACAUUAUUUAAUUAAACAAAACCCCUGGUGAGCCUUAGGUGAUGUAAAUUUCUUAGUUGAUGUUUAAUAUCUUAUUAAAAUAAAAGUUGUAUUAUUUAGUAAACGGAGCUGUUAAUUAAUAUAAUUCUGUUGUAUUUUUAAUAACUAACAUUAACAUAAGAUAUUAACAUGUUUCUCACUAUUGAUUUUUAUGCAUUUAAGGAAUAGGUUACCCAAAAGUGGAAAUUUACUCACUGUUUUCUCACCCUCAAGUGGUUGCAAUUCAUUAUGAGUUUCCUUUUUUCUGUUGAACACUAGCAAAGAUAUUUUGAAGCUGAAAA